AGUCCCAGAGUGGAGAGACCCAGUCCAACCACCCCGAUCCUUCCUCUUUCCUUACCAGGCUGCUGCUCCAGCUGCCACCGGCAGAGAGAGGAAUCAUCGCUGCGUUUGCUCCACUGAUGCUUCGUCUCUCAAGUCGAGGCGACGGGCAGAUCCAGAGACGGCGGCGAGGAGGUUGAGGAUUCCCCAUUCCGCAAUAAGAAGAAGAAGAAGACAUGGGGAAGAGGGCCAAGUGGUUCGGUGUCGUGAAGAAGGUCUUCGGCCACAAAUCGAAGGAGAAGAGAGAAAAAUUGAAAAAGAAAUUGGGACCCGGAACAUCCCAACUCCGGGAUGUAUCUGGUGCUGGGAUUGUAGAGGUUGCUGGUCGAGAGGUAGUUCCUUCGUUGCUGCCUCAUUCAGAUGAGGAUAAGGUGGUGGAGGUUGAGAUUGAGGAAAGCAACUAUGCUAACUCUGUGCCACUCACUGCUCUUGAUCCUCCAGAACCUGCAGUUACCUCCGCAAGGGAUGUCACCCACGUCACAGCUUCAACAAAGUUCCCUGGCAAGACGAGAGAAGAGAUUGCUGCAGUCAAGAUCCAGACUGCUUUCCGGGGUCACCUGGCAAGGAGAGCUUUACGAGCCUUGAAAGGAUUGGUUAGGCUUAAGUCACUGAUUGAUGGUAACUCUGUUAAGCGCCAAGCAACAACCACAUUAAAGUGCAUGCAAACACUAGCUAGGGUCCAAUCACAGAUUCGGGCAAGGAGAAUUAGGAUUCUUGAUGAAAACCAGGCACUUCAGAGGCAAAUGCUGCUUAAACAUGAAAGAGAGUUUGAAAGUUUGAAGAUGGGAGAAGAAUGGGACCACAGUUUGCAAACAAAGGAGCAAAUUGAAGCAAGCGUAUUGAGCAAGCAAGAAGCGGCAUUAAGAAGAGAAAGAGCACUUGCGUAUGCAUUUUCUCAUCAGUGGAAGAGCUCCUCAAAAUCUGUGAACCCGAUGUUUAUGGAUCCCAACAAUCUACAAUGGGGUUGGAGCUGGUUGGAGCGCUGGAUGGAAGCAAGGUCAUGUGAGACUAAUCGCAAAUCUGAAAGAGAACUACCGGACGACCAUGCAUCUGUAAAGAGCAGCAUUCGGAGUGAUGGAGGUGGAGAGAUCUUGAGAGCUUAUGCUAAUAGGAAUACAAAUUCAGAUAAAUCGUCCCCAGCAACAGUUCAGAAAUCAAAUCAACCUGCAAGCCACCAGUCCCUGGCAACGCCACCAGUUAGGCCCCCUUGGUCACUGGGGAAGAGUAAAUCUGCUAGCCCAAAACCGGUUUGGAUCUCAAUGGAAGAUGACUCGAGGAGCAUGAUCAGCAUGCAGUCUGAGAAGUCACGAAGGCACAGUUUGGCAGCUGCAGCAGUGAGGGAUGAUGAGAGCCUCUUUGGUUCAACAUCCGUGCCAAGCUACAUGGCACCGACAGAGUCUGCAAGAGCAAAGUCUCGCUUCCAAUGCCUUUCAAACGACAACAUUGAGUCUGCUGAUAUGUCGUCUGCCAAGAAGAGAUUGUCAUUCCCCACAGGUGAAAAUUUUGCUCCAACAUCUCCUGCUGUCAUGAGAAGAAACUCAGGUCCUCCCAAGGUGGGCAUGGCAUCAAUGAAGGAUGUAGAGAUCCAGUCUUGAUCAUUAUAAAACUCCAAAGGUAAAGCAGGCAACUCCAUUGAAGCUUAACAUGAUAUCUAUGAUGAUGAAAUAUAAAUGGAGAAUCGAUGUGAUUUGUCAAUUUAAUUAUCUGCUACUUCCAUUUCUUUUAAGACCUCUCAGUGGGUGAUAAACAAAUUGAUGGAUUGAUUUGUUUACAAGAAUUCUUUCUUUUCAUGACUCUAAGCUUCCUUGUAGUUUCCUUAUUUUAGAAAUAGGGAUAUGUAAGUGCACUUUCUCUGUAUAUUCUCAACUUUUUUUUUAUUUAUUUAUCAUGAAAAGAUCA